AUGAGGCCCUCGCAGUUGCUCGCCGCCGUUCUGGCCAUGUCAUCGCUGACAGCCGCCAUGCCCGACGCCUUCGCCAACAUCCACGGCCUGGGGGACGUCAGGAACAUCUUCGCACGACAGGACAACAAACCGGCUUCGGAUUCGGCUUCGGCUUCGGCUUCGGCUUCGGCUUCAGAGCAGCAGCAGUCGAGCGACCAGCCCACGCGAACGACCGCAGCCGAAUCCUCCGGGAAAGCAAGCGCCACCAACAGCGACAACAAUGACGACUCCAAGACCACGGAUAAGGCGAGCGCAAGCGGUUCGCAGAAGGCCUCUGGCAGCAAGACUUCAGGUAAAUCAAAGGUGACCAGCUACGACAACCGCCUGCCUGCUGGAGGCAUCUCCAUGGUGACGCCCGGCCCCCUCGCCGGCCCCCAGUUCUACAAGGUCGGCGACAAUGUUACCUUUGCCUGGAACUACACCUCGCUUUCUCAGACCCCAUCUGCCAUCGACAUCCUCGCCAGCUGCACAGCAAACCAAGCUACAUACACAAUCGCCGUGAACCAGUCAGCAGCAGAGACGUCGGUCGUCUGGAAUACCAACCUCACCCGUUCCGGACAGCCACCCUUCUUGACUGAGAAGUACACCCUUCUGAUCUACGAUGCCCAGUCCAGCGCCUCUGCCGCUCCCCGUGCUGGAUACCUGGCCGUCUUCAACUCGUUCACCUUUGGCAUGUACACACCACAGCCUUACGUCCCACUGGAUGAAUUCUCAUGCGCCAUCUGCAACGGCGCCCUUUCGCACACCGAGAAGAUGACUCUCAGAGCCGUCCUGCUCACCACAGGCACAACCCUCGGCUCGCUUCUCUACUUCACUUACACCUUCGGCCUAUGGUAG